AUGGGCCGGGGCCGCUGCUCCCUCCUGCUGCUUCUGCUCUUGUGCCAGUGGCCAGGAGCUGCCUUCUCUCUCCUCCGCUACCGCUACGACUGUGGGGACUAUGGGAUGCAGCUCCAGGCCUACCCCAGCCGUGGCCGCAGCGUCCGCUUCAAAGUCAUGGACGAGUUUGGCACCCGCUUCGACGUGGCCAACUGCUCCAUCUGCCUCCACUGGCUCAGCACCGGCGGGGAUGGUGCUGUCAUCUUCUCCUCUGGCUAUGAUGGUUGCCACGUCCUAGUCAAGGACGACCGCUACCUGCUGCGGGUGCAGCUGGAGGAGCUGCUGCUCAGCGGGGCCGUGGCAGCCUCCUACGCAGUCAACAUGACCUGCCCCAAGCCAGGGCACGAGACCCUCGGGGAUGGCAGCCAGGCAGCUCAGGGCAGUGGCACCCACCAAGCCCACAGCGAUGUCCUUGUCCCCCUGGCCCAGCCUGGCCUGCUGCACCACGUCUCCCAGUCUUCACUCACCGUCUCUAGCAGCUCCCAAGGCCACUCGGAGCAGCUCCACUCCCCAGGUCUUCACCUCCCAAACCGUCCUGGGCUGCUGAACCCUGGAGCUCAAUCCCAGCCAGGUCUUCACACCCCACACAGGCCUGGGCUGGUCCAUCCUGGAGCUCAACCCCAGCCAGGUCUUCACCCCCCAAACCGUCCUGGGCUGCUGCACCCUGGAGCUCAAACCCAGCCAGGUCUUCACUCCCCAAACCGUCCUGGGCUGGUCCAUCCUGGAGCUCAACCCCAGCCAGGUCUUCACAACCCACACAGGCCUGGGCUGGUCCAUCCUGGUGCUCAAACCCAGCCAGGUCUUCACAACCCACACAGGCCUGGGCUGGUCCAUCCUGGAGCUCAAACCCAGCCAGGUCUCCACAACCCACACAGGCCUGGGCUGGUCCAUCCUGGAGCUCAAACCCAGCCAGGUCUCCACAACCCACACAGGCCUGGGCUGUUGAACCCUGGAGCUCAACCCCAGCCAGGUCUUCACACCCCAAACCGCCCUGGGCUGGUGCAACCAGGAGCUCAACCCCAGCCAGCACACACUGCUGCUCAAACUCAAGCAGGCUUCAUCCACACAGGAGCUCAAGCCCCAAACCAACCAGGCUUCUCUCGCCCCAGCCUUCAGACCCACUCCCACGCUGGGCUCCUGCACCCUGGCCUCCAGAACCAAGCUGGGCUGCUCCAUGCCAGCAGCUCCCAAGGGGACACAGCACUCCAGUCCCGACCAGGUAUGGUACGGCCUGGACUUCAGGCUCAGCUCCACUCGGGGCUGGAACAUCCAAGACUCCAAUCCCAGGCCGGUCUGCUGCAGUCCAUGGCUCUCUUCUACCCCUCAGCAGGGGCAGGCACCCAGCUGACGCGGGAGCAGUGCCAGGUGGCGGCGGGGAAGAUGCCCUGCGUGGCCCCGGAGGGCCGGGAGGCCUGCGUGCAGGCAGGCUGCUGCUACAACGACAUGGACCGGGUGACACCCUGCUACUAUGGCAACACAGCCACCGUGCAGUGCCUGCUGGAUGGGCACUUUGUGGUGGUGGUGCCACGGGGCCUGGGCACCCAGCCCUACAACCUGGACAGCGUGAGGCUGGCCAGCAGCCAGCCUGGCUGCGAGCCCCUCAGGCUCAGCGAGGCCUUCGUCAUGUUCCGCUUCGCCGUCACCCAGUGCGGCACCACCGUCCAGGCGCUCGAGGACCGGCUGAUCUAUGAGAACCAGCUGAUCUCAACCGUCGAUGUUCAAGGGUCUCCCCGUGGCUCCAUCACAAGGGACAGCAUCUACAUCCUCCAGGCUCGUUGCAUCUACAACGCCACUGACCUCCUGCCACUCCACAUGGAAGUGGCUGUGCCCCCCACCUCCACCCCCCUGGCCAUGCUGGGGCCACUGGGGCUCCAGUUACGCAUUGCCACUGAUGAGACCUACAGCUCCUACCACCCCAGUGGGGACUACCCCUUGGUGAAGGUCCUGCGGGACCCGAUCUACGUGGAGGUUCGGCUGCUGCAGAAGACAGACCCCAACCUGGUGCUGGUCCUGCACCAGUGCUGGGCAGCCCCCAGCACCAACACAGCAGCAGAGCCCCAGUGGCCCAUCCUGGUGGAUGGGUGUCCCUUCACAGGGGACAACUACAGGACCCAGCUCAUACCUGUGGGCCCAGCCUCCCCCCAGCUGCCCUUCCCCAGCCACUACCAACGCUUCGCCAUCUCCACCUUCACCUUCGUGGAGCCCCCAUCCAUGGCAGCGCUGGAGGGAGAGGUGUACAUCUCCUGCAGCGCUUCCGUCUGUCACCUCGCCCAGCCCGAGCCCUGCCGGCCCUCCUGCCAGCUUGGGAUGCCCUCACGAGCACGGCGGUCUCCGGCGGACGAGGCCACAGCUGGAGCCCUGGGGAUGGUCACCUCCCAGGGGGGAGUCAUCCUCCCCAGGCUGCCCAAGCUGCACACAGGAUGA